GGCCCCGCGGGACGCCCCGGGGGUGCGGCCAUGGAGGUGGUGGGCGACUUCGAGUACAGCAAGAGGGACCUCGUGGGACACGGGGCCUUCGCUGUGGUCUUCCGGGGGCGGCACCGCCAGAAUCCUGAUUGGGAGGUAGCUAUUAAAAGUAUUAAUAAAAAGAACUUGUCAAAAUCACAAAUACUGCUUGGGAAGGAGAUUAAAAUCUUAAAGGAACUUCAGCAUGAAAAUAUCGUAGCACUCUAUGACGUUCAGGAAUUACCCAACUCUGUCUUUCUGGUGAUGGAGUAUUGCAAUGAUAGAGACUGGGCAGAUUAUUUGCAAGCUAAAGGAACUCUCAGUGAAGAUACCAUCAGAGUGUUUCUGCAUCAGAUUGCAGCGGCCAUGCGAAUUCUGCAUGGCAAAGGAAUCAUCCAUAGGGACCUCAAACCACAGAACAUCUUGCUGUCUUACGCCAAUCGCAAAAAGUCCAGUGUUGGUGGCAUUCGCAUCAAGAUAGCGGAUUUUGGUUUUGCUCGUUAUCUUCAUAGUAACAUGAUGGCUGCAACACUGUGUGGGUCCCCAAUGUACAUGGCUCCUGAAGUUAUUAUGUCUCAACAUUAUGAUGCUAAGGCAGACUUGUGGAGCAUAGGAACAGUAAUCUAUCAAUGCCUUGUUGGAAAACCACCUUUUCAGGCUAAUAGUCCUCAAGACUUAAGGAUGUUUUAUGAAAAACACAGAAGCUUAAUGCCUAGCAUCCCCAGAGAAACAUCACCUUAUUUGGCGAAUCUCCUUUUGGGUUUGCUUCAGAAAAACCAAAAAGAUAGAAUGGACUUUGAAGCAUUUUUUAACCAUCCUUUUCUUGAGCAAGUUCCAGUAAAAAAAUCCUGCCCUGUGCCCGUACCCGUGCGUGCUGGCUAUGUUUCUGGAAGCUCCUGUGGCAGCUCUCCGCCUCGUCGUUUUGCCUCUCCACCAUCCCUUUCAGAUAUGCAGCAUAUUCAGGAAGAAAACUUAUCCUCCCCACCAUUGGGUCCUCCCAACUAUCUACAAGUGUCCAAAGAUUCUGCCAGUACUAGUAGCAAGAACUCUUCUUGUGACACGGAUGACUUUGUUUUGGUUCCACACAACAUCUCGUCAGACCACUCAUAUGAUAUGCCAAUGGGAACUGCAGGCAGACGACCUUCAAAUGAUUUCCUGGUGUUUGGAGGACAGUAUCAGCCUAGUGUGCCACCUCACGGUGAAACAGCACCCAUUCCAGUUCCCACUCAGAUAAGGAACUAUCAGCGCAUAGAGCAGAAUCUCACGUCUACUGCCAGCUCUGGCACAGCCCUACAUGGGUCUCCAAGGUCUGCAGUGGUACGAAGGUCUAACACCAGCCCUAUGGGCUUUCUCCGGGUGGGGACCUGCUCCCCAGCACCAGCAGACACAGUACAAACAGUCGGACGAAGACUCUCUACUGGGUCUUCCAGGCCUUAUUCACCUUCCCCUUUGGUCGGUGCCAUUCCCGAGCAGUGUAGUCAGUGCUGCUGUGGAUUUCCUCAGGGCCAUGAGUCCAGGAGGAGAAACUCAUCGGGCUCUUCAGUGCCUCAGGCUCAGUCACCACAGUCUUUCUUACUGGGAGCCAGACUGCAGAGUGCCCCCAGCCUCACGGACAUCUACCAGCACAAGCAGAAGCUCCGAAAGCAGCACUCUGACCCCGUGUGCCCAUCCCACACUGGGGCUGGGUGCAGCCACUCUCCUCAGCCCAGUCGGCCUGGCAGCCUGGGGACUUCUCCCCCCAAACACAUGGGGUCCUCUCCUCGGAGUUCUGACUGGUUCUUUAAAACCCCCUUACCAACAAUCAUUGGCUCUCCUACUAAGACCACGGCUCCUUUCAAAAUCCCUAAAACACAAGCGUCUUCCAACCUGUUAGCCUUGGUUCCUCGUCAUGGGCCUUCUGAAGGGCAAUCUAAAGAUGGGAAUGACCCACGAGAAUGCUCUCGUUGUCUCUUAGUCCAAGGAAGUGAGAGGCAGACGUCUGAGCAGCAAAACAAGGCAAUGUUUGGCAGAUCUGUCAGUACUGGGAAAUUAUCCGAUCAGCAAGUAAAGACACCUUUAGGUGUGCAUCAGGGCAGCACAGAUAGUUUAAAUACAGAACGGCCAAUGGAUAUAGCAGUGCCUGCGGGAGCCUGGGGCCCAGUGCUGGCCCCGCCUGCCGGAGCCGCUGUGAGCACCAGGGCUGUCCUGUUCACCGUGGGCUCUCCUCCGCACAGCGCCGCGGCCCCCACCUGCACGCACAUGGUCCUUCGAGCACGGACAGCCUCAGUGGGCUCCAGCAGCUCUGGAGGCUCCCUGUGUUCCGCGAGUGGCCGAGUGUGUAUGGGCUCCCCACCUGGGCCGUGCUGGGGAUCUUCCCCUCCAGGAGCAGAAGCAGCUCCUAGCCUGAGAUACAUGCCUUAUGGUGCUUCACCCCCCAGCCUGGAGGGCCUCAUCACCUUCGAAGCCCCUGAACUUCCGGAGGAGACACUGAUGGAGCGAGAACACACAGACACCUUACGCCACCUGAACGUGAUGCUGAUGUUCACUGAGUGUGUGCUGGACCUGACAGCGGUGAGGGCGGGGAGUCCUGAGCUGUGCACGUCCGCCGUCUCCUUGUACCAGAUUCAGGAGAGUGUGGUUGUGGACCAGAUCAGCCAGCUGAGCAAAGACUGGGGGCGGGUGGAGCAGCUGGUGUUAUACAUGAAAGCAGCGCAGCUGCUGGCGGCCUCACUGCAUCUUGCUAAAGCCCAGAUCAAGUCCGGGAAACUGAGCCCGUCCACGGCCGUGAAACAAGUUGUCAGAAAUCUGAAUGAACAAUAUAAAUUAUGCAUCACCAUGUGCAAGAAACUUACAGAAAAGCUGAAUCGUUUCUUCUCCGACAAGCAGAGAUUUAUUGAUGAAAUCAACAGUGUAACUGCAGAGAAGCUCAUCUAUAACUGUGCCGUGGAAAUGGUUCAGUCUGCAGCCCUGGAUGAGAUGUUUCAACAGACCGAAGAUAUAGUUUAUCGCUAUCACAAGGCGGCCCUUCUUUUGGAAGGCCUGGCUAAGAUUCUCCAGGACCCUACAGAUAUUGAAAAUGUGCAUAAAUAUAAAUCUAGUAUUGAAAGGAGAUUGUCAGCACUCUGCUGUGGUGCCUCGGCGACGUGAGCCAGCCCGUCCCAGGGCCGUGGAGGAUUCCAGGGGACGCCUUUGGGAGCACAGCCUGUUUUGUGGCCCCGUGCCCAGGAAGCUGGUUUCUUGCCUGGUGACCACCAAGAGCAGCAGUGAUUUCAGAACAGCCCCAGAGCUACGUCUCUGUAGGGACUCUGCCUUCCUGGGAAAGCCACCCUUUCCCCUUUUUCAUAGACGCAGAAGCGAGACUCUUUCACUUGGCUCUCAGUUUGAACUUGCUAAAUAAAUGUACCUUAGAACUAGAAUUAUCAGUACAUUUAUUCUUAAGGAUAAUUAAGAAUGAAGCAGUGAGUAGCUCUUCGCUCAGUUCACCAGAGCAAUGUGUGAAAGUCCAGGUGUUUACUGAGGUGUAAAGGUUAAAAAAAACAAUCUCCGCCUGGUCCAGGCAGUUUGACACUUGGGGUAAGUUUGUCUAAAUCUGAGCAUGACCUUUAAACAGCACAGGAAGAAUUAGCUGAAGAAGACAUGAAAAAUGGGUCUUAGAAGGAAUUGUGAAAUCUCGAUUCUAAUAUGUACACUUGUUAAUCUUACAAAAUCUUUCAUAUAUUGCACUAAUUUAUUAAAACAACCCUGUAUUGGAUUUUGCAAUUUAAAACUAACUGAGGCACAAUGGACUUGUUUAGGAAAUAUUUUACUUGAUUAUGUAUACAUACCUUUCCAGAAUUCAUUUAUAAUCUCUAGUGGACUUUUCAGGGGUAAGAACUUGUCAUGUGAACCUUUGCGUUUUUUAACCUCUUCAUCUGUACCCACAGGUUUUCUCAGUGAUAUUUUUGAGUUGCAGGUUGUUUGCAUUUUUUUAUUGUGCAUGCAGAAUGUGCAUUGAUACCUGUGACUUCUCCCUUUCUUAAUGGCUAGAUUUAUUUGGGCAGUAUUAGGAAAAAAUGUCAGUCAAGGGUUACCCUCAAGAAUUCUCAUAGGGCCAAAACAAAAUUGGUGAUCUAAAGGCUUGUUAAUGAUGUGGAGUUUCUACAUGAAACUAGUGAAAAGUGAGGUUUGUUUUCUCUUAGGAAAAUGACAACUCUCUCUAGCCUACUAUGUAUUUUUCAUGCUAAUCCUGACAGUUCGUCUAAUAGGUAGUUGUGGAGAAUGUGGGCGGUUAACAUCCCUCCAGAAAUGGUUCCUAUGUCACAUAUUAUUUGGUUUCUUUUAUUUACCUGCUUGAAUACUUGAAUAAACUAUUCUCUGGUUUUAAUCCUUUUAGAUGAUAAAUCUGAACUCUGACAAAUUGCACAGAAGCUCUUUGGCAUUAAUCUAAUUUUAGUAUACUGAUAAAAACAAAACAUGGCUUUCCUUUCCUUUGACAAAGUAAUGUAAUUUUACCUUAUUUAUCUGUAUGAAAUUCCAGUCAUUAAUUUGAACAUUUAUUUAUAUGAUGUUUAUAUUUUUAGGUCUUUAAUACAGUGUUUCUACCUCUCAUUUGUAACUGCAUGCAUUAUUCUUGAAACUAGGUAAAAUUCACCAAAUUGUUGUAUAAUAAAUAGCCUUUUUAUUAUUGCCUGUACAGAUGUAAAUUAAGGUAAAAUAAACCUGACAACGUCUUUCUAGGGUAAAGCUGGGUCCUUAUUGAAGCCAGGUUCUUGCUCAGUGAGCCUGGAGGCUUGGUCAUGAAUGCCCUUGCCCUGCCCCAGGAUGUCAGACUCCUGAUGACUGUCAGGUGGCCGGGGGCAGACUGUGCAGUAAGGGUUGCUGCCCCCCGCUGGGGUUCUCAGUGAGCACUGGUAUUAGAGAUGCUCUGUGUGAUUUGGGGUGUGCAGGGCAGGUCUCUCAGUUACCACCAUGCUGUUUCAGUUGAUCCUCCAAGGGGCUGGGUUUGGUCUGGUCAUUUCUCCCCUGUCCACCUUCUUUUUAAACAGGAUGAAACAGGGUCACAGUGAGCAAGUUCAGUCUGAAGUCUGGUCACUAGGGAAGGGACUGUGCUGUGCUGUGACUCCCAGGUUCUCUCCUGCCCUGUGUGAUGGAGGCUGGUGGUAGGUGGUGUCUGUGGCACUGAAGGCUGAGCAGCAGAGAUCAAACUGUAAACUCAUGAAUAAUGAUUAUGAUUAUACUUCCAUUGUCCAGGCUGAUUAAGAGGUUUUGCCUUGAUUAUAGCAAUAACAAAUAAAUACUUUGUUUCCAUGAGUGUUUUUUU